GUGAAUGAAAUCUCGUGCGGACGAGAUUACCUCAUUACCGAAUUUAUUGACAACUUGCGAAAGGAUUCUGAAUCGUUUUCUUUUAAAUCAAAAGUUGUUCAUAACAAUUUGACAACGCAGAUGCGAUUUAUAUUCCACGUUACGGUUCAUUCCUUUCAAAGAAAAUUAAUUGGUUAAGUGGCAACUAUGACAAUAGUUAUGAGAGGUAGCCCUGCUGGUGGUGAUACCAGUCAGGAGGCUCAGCAACCAGGGGGUACAACUCCUGUUGCAGCACCAGCAGCACCAGCCACAACACCACAACCAGUACCACCUACCCAGCAAUCUGGCCCUUCACCACAGGGUGAAGAGAACGGACAAGGGGAUGUUAACAUGGAACCAGGGGAGGAUGGGGAACCAGACUUCCCAAUCCAGGAACUGACCCGUCUGGAUGAAAUGAUUAAUAGACCCCGUUGGGUUGUGCCUGUACUACCAGGUGGCGAGCUUGAACUCUUGCUUAAUGCAAGUAUAAAGCUUUGUAGAGAAGGACUUGACACAAGGAGCGAGGCUUGCCAGAGAUUUUUCAGGGAAGGUUUAACAGUUUCCUUCUCUAAGAUCAUGACAGAUGAAGCAGUCAGUGGCUGGAAAUAUGAAAUCCAUAAAUGCAUAUUGAACAAUGCUGCCAAGCUAGUAGAGUUAUGUGUGGUGAAGUUAUCACAAGACUGGUUCCCUUUAUUAGAUUUGCUUUCAAUGAUAUUUCAUCCACAGUGCAAGUUUCAUACUUACAAUGGAACACGUACCUCGGAGACGGCAGCUGGUGCAACAAUUGCGGAUGAUGCCCUUUUUGCCAGACCUCCUGAUCCUAGAACUCCAAGGGGUUGGUUGGUAGAUCUAGUGAAUAUUGGCAGUUUAGAUGGCUUUCAGAUUCUACUGGACAGAUUUGCCAACAGUUCAACAUUAUCAGUACCAGUUAUUGCUGCCCUUGUCAAGCCAUUUGGAUUGUGUGCUGAAUUCUACUCCUCAUACUGUACAGAAUACUUUAUGCCAAUAGUGGAUAUUGUUCCAAAGUUUUUAGAUGGACUAACAGAUGAAGAGUUAAAGAAAGAAUCUAAGACAGAAGCCAAGAAUGAUGCACUAUCAUCUAUAAUCAAAGCAUUGAAAACAGCUAAUCGUCUUCCUAAUCAGGAAGAUACAAUCAAAAGUUUAGAGAUUUUUAGACUUAAAAUGAUUCUCAGAUUAUUACAGAUAUCAUCAUUCAAUGGUAAGAUGAAUGCCCUGAAUGAGGUUAAUAAAGUGAUAGCCAAUGUGUCAUUUCACUCAAGUAGACAUUCACAGUCAGAGGAUGAUGAAUGGCUCACAGCUGAUAAAAUGGCUGAAUGGAUACAGGAGAAUGAUGUAUUAUCUAUUGUGUUGAGAGACAGUUUACACCAGCCGCAGUAUGUGGAGAAGUUGGAGAAGAUAUUACGAUUCAUGAUCAAAGAGAAAGCACUGUCGUUACAGAAUCUCGAUAAACUAUGGGAGGCUCAGUCAGGAAAGCAUGAUGCUAUUGUAAAGAAUGUACAUGACUUGUUGGCUAAGUUAGCGUGGGAUUUCUCACCAGAACAACUUGACCAUCUCUUCGAAUGUUUCCAAGUGAGCUGGGCUAAUGCAUCCAAGAAACAGAGGGAGAAGUUACUUGAGCUGAUCCGCAGGCUUGCUGAAGAUGACAAAGAGGGUAUCAUGGCUCAUAAGGUAUUGGGUUUACUAUGGAAUCUAGCUCAUAGUGAAGAUGUUCCUACAGAUAUCAUGGACCAGGCUCUCUCAGCACAUAUCAAAAUCCUAGACUACAGCUGCAGUCAGGACCGUGAUGCACAAAAGAUGAGCUGGAUAACGAAGUUUGUAGAUGAAAUAAAGAAUGACAAGUGGGUAUUGCCAGCUCUUAAACAGAUACGAGAAAUCUGCCAGCUGUUCCCAGAGGCACCUCAGAAUUUUCCACAUGUCCCAAACAGAGUGAGUCAUGUGUACUAUAGAAACUCUGUGAUUAGUGUUCUCCAGUCUAACCAUGCCAUUGUCAUGGCUGUAGCACAAAAUCUCUCUGCAUAUAUGACAAAAGCAAGGAAUUACUUUAAAGAUCAUCCAAAUGUAGAUCCAGCAAACAUUUUACCUGAUGGAAGGUUUAAUCAUAUAGUCCAAGUUCAGGAACGCUUAAGAUUUUUGAGAUUUCUGUUGAAAGAUGGACAGUUGUGGUUAUGUGAAUCUCAGGCCAGACAAAUAUGGCAUUGUUUAGCAGAAUCUGCAAUAUAUGCUACAGACAGAGAAGCUUGCUUUAAAUGGUUUGCAAAGUUGAUGGGAGAAGAACCAGAUUUAGAUCCAGAAAUCACUCGUGAAUUCUUUGAGAAGAAUAUUUUACAGUUUGACGCCACUUUACUGUCAGAAAAUGGAAUGAAUUGCUUUGAGAGAUUUUUCAAGCAUGUAAACUUAAAGGAGAACAAGCUGAUUCAGAAAAGAAGGGGAGGUUAUAUGAUGGAAGAUCUAGAACUUGUUGGCUAUGAUUAUCUCUGGAGGGUUGUGAUGUUAGCACCAGAAGAUGUAGCAGAGAAAGCUAUAGUUCUGUUAAAGGACACAUUUACAAACCUUGGUCCACGUCUACAACAAAGUCAAAUAGAAAUCCAUGAAGACUUCAUACAAACUACCAUGGAUAGACUGAAGGCAUUGUUUGACACAGUGUCAAUACUAGAGGAGGAUAAAGAAUCUACAAAGAGUAUGAUGCAGGAGACAACACGUAUGAUACGUGUACUCACUGUACUGAAGGAGUAUGUUAAUGAAUGUGAUGAACUGUUUGGUGAGGAGAGAUCUAUACUCCCUCUCAGCAGGGCAUGUCGUGGUAAACUAGUCACUUUAGUAGUUAGAUUUCCUAAUCAGGGCAGACAAGUAGAUGAUAUAGAAAUCUGGUCACAUACUAAUGAAACUAUUGGUGCAGUCAGAAGACAUAUAUUACAUAGAGUGAAAGCUAACACUAAUGUAAAAGUAGAUCUAUAUGUAAAUGGUGAAAUCCUAGAACCAGGUGAAGAUAAGCGACUGAUAUCUCAAAUUCCUUUGAAGGAUAAAAUGUUGAUCACAGCAAAGUUGGUGCAUGUUGGCAACUCGAUGCCAUCUAGUCCAGAUUCAAGCUCAGAUAGUUCAGGGGGAUCCCCACAUCAUACAUUUGAUGGUCCAAAUGUAGAGGCGGAAAAUUGCCUCCCAGGCGUGUUGAUGUCAAACAAUCAGAGAUACGCUCAGUUCCUGUUCCAGCUGUCAGAUCUUGGUUGCUCAUUACAAGUGCCAAAGUUGCGAGACACAGGAAGAACAUUGUUAAAGUUGAUGCCAGCAGAUGUGAGUUCGAAGGAUAAAUUCCGAACAAUAUGUUCAGAACAUGUGAGGUCGGGCACAGGAACUUCACAGCAACUAGAAGCAAUGUUUUUUAAUUCCUCUCCAACUCAAGUGCUCUACAAUAUAGAGGUUGCCUACAGUUUAUUGAUGCCGUCACAAGAUCCAAUGGCUGAUGAUGCAUUUGAAUUCCAGUAUAACUUUAUCCGAAGUGGAGGUGUUCAGCUAGCACUUAAUAUGUUGACCAAAAAUAACUUCCUACCUAAUGCUGACUUACCAACAAGAAGUAUACCCAAUCAUACAACAGAGUUCACAACCAGAAAUGUUGCAAUACGACUAGGCCAACAGUUAGCAGAACAGGCUACGAGUGUGGUACCAGAUUUAAACACUAUAAAGGCGAUACAGAAGAUAGCGUGGUCAUCAGGUAGUGGUAGCCUACAUUUAGUUCAUGCCUCUAAUGAAGAGAUUCAUAAAGCGCAUGAAAAGGUAAUGUCACAGGAUAUUACACCAGAUCAGGAUGACCUGUCAGUGGCAAGGGAGGCAAUGGAAGUGCUGACUGUAUGCAUGUUACUAUGUCCCAGUGCUACAGAGGCCCUUCAUAAAGACAAAGCCUGGCAACUCUUCAUCAUAGACAACCUGUUACAUUGUAAAAAUAAACCAGUCCGUCAAUCAUCAUCAGAGCAGUUUUUCCUGAUGGCCACCAAGUGUAGCAGCACCCAUAGACCUGUUGUGUUCUUUAUAACUCUACUCUUUACUGUCCUUUCUAAUUUAGCAAAAGACAAUGCCAAACAGGCUAGUGAAUAUUUCCAGCUUCUUUGUAGAUUGUUAAAUUAUGCAUGUAGUACGGAUGUUCACCUGCCCAAUGCUGAAGUGUUGCUAAAUAAUGAAAUAACAUGGUUAAAACGGGUUCGGGACCAGGUAUUGACUACAGGAGAGAGUAAUGUAGAAGAGACCCUGUUAGAAGGACAUUUAGGUAUCACUCGUGAGCUACUUGCCUUCCAGUCAGCUGAGAAAAAGUUCCAAAUGGGUUCUCAACAAGGUGGUGCAAACCUCAUCAAAGAGUUAGUGGAGGAUUUUGUGUUCCCAGCUUCUAAGAUAGUGCUACAGAGUCGGAAAUUGAAUGGGGAGUUUCCGACAGACGAGGCAACACCAGUUUGUACAUCCCCAGCCACUGUGAUAGCAGCCUAUGAUCUUCAGGUAGCCUUGUGUACAGGCUGUGUACCUAACCUGAGAUCUCUGGCAGCCAUGCUUAUUGAUAUGUAUUAUAGUGGGGAUGUAUCAUUACAAGAGUGGGAGUAUUUACCACCAGUUGGUGCCAGGCCACAAAAGGGGUUUGUUGGGCUCAAGAAUGCAGGAGCUACUUGUUACAUGAACUCUGUUCUUCAACAGUUGUUUAUGAUAGAGCCUAUACGAGCUGGUAUAAUGUCAGUAGAGGGCGCUGCAGAUGAUGUAGAGGAAGAUUACUCCUCUAUGGAGAAAGGCGAGGGAGAGACGAAUGUAGACAUGGCGGAGGAGGAGAGAAAGGAUGAGGAGAAGCCAGUGUCUAACAGAGACGAGGAGAGGAAGGAAUAUAAUCUGGGUAUACUCAAACAAAUACAGCUUAUCUUUGGUAAUCUCUAUGCCAGUAAGCUACAGUACUAUGUCCCCAGGGGAUUCUGGAAACACUUCAAAUUAUGGGGUGAGCCAGUGAACCUGAGGGAGCAACAUGAUGCCCUUGAGUUCUUUAACUCCCUGGUAGACAGUGUUGAUGAAGCUCUCAAAGUACUCGGACAACCUACCAUACUCCAGAAAGUGCUAGGAGGAUCCUUUGCUGAUCAGAAAAUCUGCAAAGACUGCCCACAUAGAUACCAGAGAGAAGAACCUUUUACUUCAUUGAAUGUAGAUAUACGUAAUCACCAUAAUUUAUUUGAGUCAUUAGAACAAUAUGUAAAGGGGGACUUGUUGGAGGGAGCAAAUGCUUAUCACUGUGAUAAAUGUAAUAAAAAGGUGGAUACUGUGAAAAGACUUGUGAUACGAAAGUUGCCUAAAAUCUUAGCCAUACAGUUGAAACGAUUUGAUUAUGACUGGGAAAGGGAAAGUGCAAUAAAGUUCAAUGAUUAUUUUGAGUUUUCUCGUGAAUUUGACAUGGAACCAUAUACAGUUCAAGGACUGGCUAAAAUAGAAGGUGAGAUUAUUGAUGCUGACUGUGAUGAUAAAGGACAGAGUACAAAGUAUAAAUUGAUAGGUGUUGUUGUACAUAGUGGUCAAGCUAGUGGUGGACAUUAUUACUCCUAUAUCCUUCAUAAGGGUGAAGGAGCACCUAAAUGGUACAAGUUUGAUGAUGGUGAUGUCUCCGAGUGUAAGAUGGAUGAUGAUGAGGAAAUGAAGAAUCAAUGUUUUGGUGGAGAGUACAUGGGUGAAGUCUUUGACCAUAUGCUCAAAAGGAUGACAUAUAGACGUCAGAAGAGAUGGUGGAAUGCUUAUAUCUUGUUCUAUGAGAGGGUAGAUGAUGUGGAGGAUGAGAAAAUCUCUAAGACCAUUCAAGACCUUAGCAUUAGCACCCCUAAACCAAAGAUGCCAAAGACGAUAGAGAAGUGUGUACGUAAACAAAAUAUAAUGUUCAUGCAUGAGAAGACACAGUUCAGUGCAGAAUAUUUCCAGUUUAUGAAGAGAUUAUUGACCUGUAACCAGAUAUAUACACAUUCUAGUAACACACAAGAUAAACUGUCACAAGAAGCAGAACACCUGGCUUUGUUGAGCACUGAACUUGCUUCAAAAUUCCUCUUUACAGUGGGCUUUCAUACUAAAAAAUCUCUGAGAGGGUCAGCGACUGAAUGGUACGAGGCCCUAACCUGUAACCUUAGGUCUAGUAAGAAAGUACGGAUGUGGUUUGCACAGAAUGUUAUGUUUUCACAACCAGGAAGAUUUGCAGAGUACCUUCUAGAGUGUCCUAGUUCUGAGGUACGGAAUGCAUUUUGCAAGGUUGUUGUAUGUUUGGCUCACUUCUCUCUAAAUGAUGGUGCAUGUCCCCCACCUUUAGUGCAAGGACUGUAUGCUGGUCAUUCUGGAGACCCUAAAGAAACAUUAAGUGAUCAUUUAUUGAUGGCAGUGUUAAACUUACUAAAGAAAGAAGUAUCGGAGCAUGGUCGACAUCUACAACAAUACUUUCAUCUGUUCCUAAUGUACUCAAACCUUGGGGUAGCUGAGAAAAUGCAUUUACUGAAGUUGAAUGUACCAGCAUUGUUUAUGAUGGUAGCUCUAGAUGAGGGACCAGGUCCACCAAUCAAAUACCAGUAUGCUGAGUUGAGUAAGCUGUACUCUGUAGUGUCACAACUUGUAAGAUGUUGCGAUGUAUCAUCUAAAUGUACCUCAUCGGUGGCAAACCAGGAAGCAGCAGCUAACCCGUACGGUGACCAGAUAUUGAUGCCAAUACAACCACAGGUUGCUGAUAUACUCAUCAGUAGAACUAGUUAUGUCAAGAAACUUCUAGAAGAUUGUAACAACUCUGAGGAUACAACCAAAUUAUUAAGAUAUUGUUGCUGGGAAAAUCCACAUUUCUCAUCUACUGUUCUCAGUGAACUUUUGUGGCAGGUUGCCUAUUCGUACACAUAUGAAUUGCGGCCAUACUUGGAUCUUCUUCUACAAAUGUUGUUACUAGAGGACUCGUGGCAAAAUCACAGGAUACACAAUGCUCUUAAAGGUAUUCCAGAUGAUCGUGAUGGGUUGUUGGAUACAAUACAAAGAUCUAAGAGUCACUAUCAGAAGAGAGCAUAUCAGUGUAUUAAAAUGAUGGUAGCAUUGUUUAUGCACUGUCCACCAGCCCAACAAAUGUUACUUAGCAACAGUGAUCUGAAGAGACGCUGGACCAUGGCUGUAGAGUGGUUGAAUGAUGAACUUGAAAGGCGACCAUACCCAGGAAAUGCCCAGUAUACCUAUAACAACUGGUCACCCCCAGCACAGUCAAAUGAAACAUCUAAUGGAUAUUUCUUAGAGAGAUCACAAAGUGCACGGGUAACAUUGGCUAAGGCUAUUGAAUUGUGCCCAGAUCCAGAAGAGGACCAGGAAGAUGCAGAUUUAACAGAUGACCAGGAAGGUUCCCAUCUAGAUGAUUCACAACAAGGUCUAGGUCAGGAGGACACUGAGAGGUCACAAGGUCAGAGGUCAGCUGAUGGCAGGCAGGUUCAGAACAAUCAGGUAAAUGUGGAGAAGUCACAACCAGUACAACCUAACAACCAAAUCAACAAUCAGCUUAACACACCGUCAACCAGUGAACAACAACAACAACCAGCAUCAACCACACCUGAAACUGGCGAGGCUGAGGAGAAAAAUGAAACAAAGGUAGUGAAAGAAGAAAGUGAUAAAAGCGAGAAGCAGACAAAAUCCAGUCAACAAGAAUCCACCACAAAGUGUGACCCGGAGCAAACCUCUAAAUCUAUACCAGAUCCUGGAACAUCCAAAUCUGCACCACAGGAGUCUAACACAACAAAAUCCACUAACAAAGAGCCAAAGGCUGUCAAUAAAGACAAAGGGAAACCUGUUUGAACACCUUUUUAAAUGUGGCAGAUGAAUUGAUAAUGUACUUCAGUUGUUAUGAAAAUUGAAAGGGGAAAAAAAAUCAUCCGUUCAGUGUAAAAGUGUAAAAGUGUUUUGUUAGGACAAAAAAUGUUAAUUUUUUAGUGUGACUGUGCUUUGUGUAUAACUGUCCCUUUUAUAGCAGAUAUUACAUUCAGUGCCAUCUCAUAAGGAGUACAAUACAUUUAGUUGUAGCAAAGUAAUUGUGGGCAUGUCAAACACUUGCAAUGUCAUGAAAACAUGUAUAUACAUAUAUACAACCUAUAGUGAUAAAUUAGAUGUUCAUAGUAUUCAAUAUUUUAUUGAAACAUUUUGUUAUUGAUAUUGUUCAUGGCAAAGACAGGGUGUAGAAAAGCAGAUAUUUGAUAAGAGUUGUGGCCCCUUGCUUAUAGUGUAGUGUAACCUGCUGCUAAAGGUAUAGACCUUUUUAGGUCCUUGAAAAUACGACCAUAAGGUAUAAUCCAUUAUGGCAGAAUGGGGGUGUUAGUGAAAUUGUUUAUGGAAUUUUCAUAUAAAUGACUUCUCUGUCAAUUGGGUUUCUAUUUUUACUAGAAAGUGAAUUGAAAAUUUUCUUUCUUAAUUGCAUUGUAAAAAAUGACAAUUGAAAGAAUUUUUACAUAUUAAAAAGGUCAUAUAUGUUGAUACACAUGAUGGUUUUAGAAAAGAUUUGUGUACAGAAAUUGUUAAGUAAUGAUAGGAAUUUUGGUUUUUAAAAAACAAAAUUAAAGCAUUCUUUGUAUAUGAAUAAAUCUUCUUCUUGUUUUAAGUAUAAACUUUAAGGACAUUGUUAGUUUAGUACUACACCGAUCUUGAGUCUGAAUUGUAGUUGUAAUUUAAGAUUAUUUAUUAACCUUAUUAUGGUAGGCGCUAGGCAGACAUAUUAAUUCAUCAUAAAGUUACAAGUCGGGUAUAUUAUGUACAGUUUACUAUAGUUAAAAGAUUUUACCUGGACAAAUAUUGAACCACAUGACUGGUUAUUUUGGUGUAGUAUGUUCAACAUGAAUUGUUAAAGAUAUUUAUUCCGACCAUUUUCUUAUCAACGUAGAAGGUUUUGUAGAACAAUGUUUUAAAAUAUCUAAAAGGGAAUCUUAAAGAUUCUUUGUUUUAUCUCUUAUUAAACCCAUGUGCUAUUGUUUUGAUGUAAAUACUGUCUUUGAAAACUGUUUUGUUAACAUGUGUUUUAAUUAUUCUUGUACAAAAUGUUUUCUACUUGUAUCUUUUACUCUCACACUCUCUCUCUCUCUGGCUUUUAUUUGUGUAUGUUGUAUUAAAGUGAUUAUAGCGCGAUCACAGAGUUAUGUACAUAGAAACAUAUGAGCACACACAUUGUUAUACAUAUUCUAUAAUGUAGGUAUGACAUAAAUAUUGUCAGCGUUCAGUGAAAGCAAAGUAUAUGUGAAAUUGCUUGCUUGUUAUGUCAUCACAGUGUACAUUCAUUUCAUACAAAGUUAACUUAUCAAACAAUCUGUCAGUUUAAAAGUUUGGGGGAAAUAAUAUAUAUCACUACAUGUGACUUGCAAAUGAAUGUCCUGAGUUGUGCUUAACUCGGAACACACUUCAUUCCAGAUUUUUAAAAAAAAUAUAAGAUGACAGGUUUCUUUAUCAUCAUCCCUGCAAGGUGCGGUUUUUAACAGUUUGGGUUAUAAAUGGUUGAUGUGAUGCUAUGGUAAAUAUCUUUACUCUUGUCUGAGAAAUGUUAUAAAUGGUAAGCUUAUUUUACUAUAUAAAAUAAUCAAUUUUUUGUUGCUGGAAAGCAUGCUUUUUCGGAUGGAAAAACAACUUCAUUUUAAAUGCAGCCCUUUAUUUACUGAAGAGUUUCUGAUAAUUAACAUUUCGCAUUUUUUGUGGGGAAAAAUAAAACUUCAUUAUCCAGUCAUCAUGUAUAUACAGUAUAUUAAUGCUAGAACAUGUGUUAUGUCAAUAUUUAUAUAUACAUGUAUAUAACUAGUUAUUACUGGUGACCUACAUAUUACUUAUAGCCAUUAUGACUUGCCUACAUGUAUGUCACCACUAUCAAGUCGAACCAUCCUGAGGACUGACCAGAAAGCUAAUUAGUGUAAGCAUUCAACCCAUCCAAAAUCCCCAAAAUAACCAAUGAACUUGAUUAAAAAGCAUAGCAAAUCCAUUGUUUAUUUAGUAUAUGAAGUAUAUGAUCUUAAUUAGGAAAAAAGCCUGUAAAAACCUAGAUGACAUCGUUGAACGUUGAAAUCCUGCAAGAUUUUUUGUAUGUAAUGUUGAAGAAUGUUUAUGCUGGAAUGUAUUAUAGUGGUCUGUACUUGAUGUACAGCUUUUUGUUAAGGUUCUUUAAUUUAUUGUUCAAACUUUUUUUUGUAUUCAUAUUGAAUAAAUAUAUUUGUUGCUUGAAUGUGAUUGUUCCAUAGCAAGGAUCUAAAUUAUUUUAUAAUGAAGUAAAUUUUGACACUUUCAA